GGCAUGAAGCUGGGGUCGCAUAAGCGGUCUUGUAGGCCUCCCCCAUACACAGUCUCUUAUAGGUCCAGCUGCGACAAUCCCACAACAAAUGCCAAUCACGGCGCUUAGACAGAGUAAUUAAUUGUAGUUACGUGGCUGAUGAACACUGGACAGUCUCUUGCGAGGAACAGCCAACUGUUGGCAGCUGCGAUGUGUGUGUGCCUGAGUCCUUCCUAUAUAAUCCUCAGCCGAACUGACUGACCUGCAUGCAUUUCCCCUCCCCUCUUCAACCAGUCAGAACUCAUAGCACGCGAUAGAUCGCGCAGAAUUCUUCACCACAUUCGGAAACUCCUCUUCUCUUCAUACUGUUUGAAGCAAAAAAAUCCUGUUAUCGACAACAUACGAUGGCACCAUUUCCUUGCGGGGUUUGCAAAAAGAAAUUUAAAACUAGACCUCGCAUAAUCAGCCAUGCGCUGGAGACUGGUCAUAAUGCGAAUCAAUGUUGCCGAGUGUGCUUGCGAUGGUUUAACAGCGCCAGUGCUUUAGCAGACCAUGCAAAAUCAGCAGCCCACCUCGAAGAAGAAGCAAAGCAAUCACAGUCUGCAAGCGCAUCAGUCACCGAUAGCAAAGAGACUUUAACAGAGGCGCCGCCUCCCGUACAAUUGCAAUUUGGGGACGUCACCUACACAUGCCUUACACAUCAACAGCAAGAUGAGAUCUUCAAUCAGCUCUCUGCUAAAUGUCAUUCCGCAGAGAUUCUUGAGAAGGAAGGCUAUAUACUUGAUGUUGAGAAAGGACCGACAAGGAAGAAGGAAAAACCACGACCAAGCCUAGCAGACUUUCAACAGACCCCGCCGAUUCAGCCUGCCACCAUCAAGCGGCGCGCUGUUGUGGUUGAUUGUGAGAUGGCAGAGGCAUUCGACGGAUCCGAUGAGCUGAUCAGCCUCUACGUGAUGGACUUCUUGACUGGAGAGACCCUUAUCGAUUCAUUAGUUAUCUCUCCUCGGCUGAUCACCGACUGGAGAACGAAGAUUCACGGUAUAGAUGCUACGAUCAUAUGCGAGGCAGUAGAACACCAAAAUGCUUUGCACGGUUGGGCCGCUGCCCGCGAAGAGCUGUGGAAGCACAUUGACGAGAGUACAAUCCUUGUCGGACAAUCAAUACUAUUUGACUUUGAGGUUCUUCGCUUAAUCCACAUGCGUGUCGUGGACUCAGCAAUACUCGCAACAGAGGCUGUCUUUAACAAGAUGGGGAAGAAAUAUAAGAAACCGCGCCGACGGUGGGGACUUCAGGAACUGUGUGAAACGUUCCUUGGUAUCCAAAUACGCAGCGGAGACGGGAUACACAGCAAUAUGGAAGACGUUCUAGCUGCCAGAGAGGUUGUGCUGCAGUGCUUGCUGAAGCCAGACCACUUCAAGGAUUGGGCGGAUAAGGCGCGAGAAGACUUUUGGAAGCCCAAAGAAGGCAGCAAGAAUCAGAAGAAGAAGAAGAAGACCAAGGAGCCGACUCAUCAAAUCGCUAAACAAGCAGCCCCAGUGCUCGAAACGAUUGAGGACUUUUAUGAUAGUCUCGACGAUGAUGAUAUUUUCUAUGAUUUUGAGGAUGCCAGAGGCUUUUACAUGGAACGGGAUUGGUUUACUAACGUUGGCGCCGAUAUUGCUUAUUAUUAAUGCUCCAUCUAUCAUCCAUCUUUAGGUAGCUUAAUGUCUAAGUCUCAUACAAUCUGUAUUAAUUUCGUUGAACGUACAAUCGUAUGCAAUACCA